GCAAGAUGGUGGAUUUAUGAAAUCGUCCGUGAGACAGUGCUGCGGAAAAAGGACAAUUUCAACGGUCUUGUGGCGAAUAAUGCGCUAGCUUGACCGCUGAAAUCUGUAACAGAUAUAGAUCUUUGACUUUCUUCAAAGAUUUAGGUGAAGAUGGCGUUUAAUUCCGUCCUGCGAGUGCCGUUAUUUCUGUGUAUUCUCGGGGUUGUCCUAUUUGGCUUCUUAGCGGAUAGCGCGGAGGGAGCGGCGUGUAAAGGAUGCAAGGGUCCGAAGCGAUGUGACUGUAAGGGACAUAAGGGACAACCGGGCGUACAAGGUAUCACGGGUCUGCAGGGACCCCCUGGUCUACCCGGGUUCCCAGGUCCAGAAGGGCAAUAUGGCGUACAAGGGCCCAAGGGAAAACUUGGAGAGUACGGCCGAAGAGGACACAAAGGGAUCAGGGGUCAGCAAGGUCCGCCAGGUUUCACUGGAGUCCCUGGAGUUCCGGGCUUAGAUGGCUUGGAAGGACCAAAAGGACCUCAAGGCUUCGAUGGUUGCAACGGCACGAAAGGUCAAGACGGCCUCCGAGGUCUGCCCGGUGUCCCUGGACCUGAUGGGACGCAAGGACGCAAUGGUAGGAGGGGACUGAAGGGAGACCCCGGUGAGAUCGUCAGUAGGGGUGUAGGACUCAAAGGAGAGCGUGGUGAAAAAGGACGGCCUGGAUUUCCGGGUUUUGACGGUCUGCCAGGAGAUUCCGGGGAGAAGGGAAUGCAGGGGGUAUAUGGAAGAGAAGGGCUGCCUGGCCCCGAGGGUCCUGUUGGACCCAAGGGUACCAUGGGAGACAACUUAGAGGGACCAAAGGGAGAAAAGGGAGAAGCCGGUGAAGUUGGACCAGAUGGGCCUCCAGGUGCCCUCAGCUCAGAACAAGCCAAGGACGUCCUCCAAGGCCCACCAGGCCCAAAAGGCCCAGACGGAGACAGAGGAGACAAGGGUAUUCAAGGUCUGCCUGGCCUGCCUGGUGUUAAUGGCAUCGAUGGAAGGCGAGGUGACAAGGGUAUGUCUGGCGAAUCUGGACCGGAGGGACGACGGGGCAAGAGGGGAAAGCAAGGACCUCCUGGAAGGUUCGGACCGAAGGGUGAUAAGGGUCCAUCUGGUUCUGAUGGUGACACUGGACAGAAGGGCCCAAAAGGAGCGAGGGGAUUCCCUGGUUACGAUGGUCGCCAGGGGCCACGUGGUAAUGCGGGGCCACCAGGACCAGGAUCAGGCAAACAAGGCAAACCAGGGCCAAUAGGUUUACCAGGUAUCCCAGGCCUACCCGGCCUGUCCGGUGAGAAAGGACGCGAUGGCCUGCCUGGCUCGAGUGGCUUGAUAGGUGAACCGGGUGAGCCUGGUUACCGCGGUCUUGACGGAGAGAAGGGAGCACGUGGUUUCUCCAUGAAGGGAAUGCGGGGCACCGCUGGACUCCCAGGGGAGGAAGGCCGAGUUGGGUUGCCCGGGAGACCAGGCCCAGACGGUGGAGUCGGAGAGAAGGGUGCUGCUGGAGAUGAUAUUGUUGGACCAUCUGGUUUGGAUGGACGUCGCGGCAUUGAUGGUUUAUCUGGUCUGGACGGUCAGAGGGGUAACACUGGUGACCCUGGAUUACCGGGCGAGGAGGUUGAAGGCGAGGACAAGAUCGGCCCAGUAGGUGAUCCUGGUGGCCGCGGACCGCCUGGAGAGAGUGGAGAACCUGGUAGGAGCGGCUUGCCUGGUUUGGACGGGCGGGACGGCCUCAAGGGUGAUGAUUGUGGUUUCUGCCCAGAUGGUGUUCCUGGCACCAAGGGUGAUGAUGGACAAGAAGGACUUGGUGGUUUGAAGGGCAGACAAGGAGACCCAGGUUUAGAUGGCUUACCAGGCCCACAAGGUCUUCGAGGAGACCUAGGAGACAAAGGUCUUACCGGCAUUUCUGGUCCUGUCGGCACCCCUGGCGUGCUUGGAGAUAAGGGAGGUAAAGGAGACCCUGGUGAACUGAUUUACCCCCCGCAGGUGAAGGGGGUGUAUGGAGAGCAGGGAGACAAGGGUACUCCUGGGCGGCCUGGCUUGCCUGGUCUCCCUGGAAGGGCUGGCAGGUCUGGUCUGGAUGGCCUGCCAGGACUUGCUGGCGAUAAGGGAAGUCGUGGUGACACUGGUGUCGAUGGCCUGAAUGGCCUGCCUGGUCCCGUUGGACCUGAGGGUUCAAAGGGACAACCGGGUGAGAGUUUCCCUGGCAGGAAUGGCCCCACUGGUGAGGACGGUGACAAUGGUUUACCAGGAUUUGAUGGACAAAAUGGUUCAAAGGGGGUACAAGGUGACCCUGCGCCAGCGGGCGUCAUGGAACGGAUGCGAGGAGAUCGGGGUUUUCCUGGAACUGAUGGUCGACGAGGCCUAAAUGGAUUGCCGGGGUUGAAAGGUGACCCUGGCGAUGAGGGUAGGCGAGGUUUCCCCGGUCUAGUUGGCCCAGAAGGUUUGAAAGGCAACCAAGGGCCGCCUGGAUUGUCUGUCGAUGGCCUACCAGGACUCAAGGGAUUGCCUGGAUUCCCUGGUGAGCGAGGCCUGCCUGGAUUACCUGGGUUCAAAGGUCCAUCUGGCGUUGAUGGUUUGAGAGGUUUAGAUGGAGAGAAGGGAGAAAUUGGACCCCCUGGCGAAGCAUUAAUUCCUGGCAGAGCUGGUGAAUCGGGCGAUAUUGGCCCACAGGGUAUGAGAGGUAUCCCUGGUCUGCCUGGCCCCGAUGGCAAGCAACGCCCCCCAGGGGACAGAGGGCCCAAAGGACAAAGGGGUAAUGAUGGCUUCCCAGGACUCGAGGGUCGCAAAGGACCAAAAGGAGAUCAGGGCACGGGUGGACCUGGGGCCGACGGGCUUAAAGGAGAAACUGGAGCAAAUGGCAGACCAGGUCAAUCUGGCUUCCCUGGUGAACAUGGUGUGCGCGGCCUCCCUGGCUUGAACGGCCUGAAAGGUGCUCCUGGUGAUGAUGGCCUUGGUGGUCGCCGUGGCCUUGACGGGCCUGCCGGCCGUGAUGGACUGCCGGGCCGCCAUGGUGACGCCGGACUCGCUGGUGGACCAGGUCGAAAGGGUUUGGAUGGGGUGAUGGCUAAACCUGGGCCCGAUGGUAACCCUGGACGGGAUGGAAACUCUGGACUCCCUGGAAGGAAAGGUCUUAUUGGAGAGAAGGGACUAGAUGGGAACCCAGGACGUAAUGGUUUCGACGGCCGGCGAGGUCCCAGAGGAGAGGAUGGCUUCCCUGGUGGGAAGGGUGCCAAGGGAGAUCCAUCCCCACCAAGUGCUCAAGGGAAGAAGGGAGAAGAUGGCAGACCAGGUCUUGAUGGCUUGCCUGGCAGACCAGGUCUCGAUGGAGUCCGAGGCCUCAAGGGAUUCCGAGGUGACCUAGGGGAUGGCCUCCCUGGCGAUGACGGGCCAAAGGGCUUCCCUGGACCCCUAGGACCAAACGGCAGCCCUGGGCUUUCCGGCAAAAAGGGAGACGUAGGAAUGAUGGGAAAACCAGGCCAAGAUGGUGCGAAAGGUGAUCGUGGUAAAGAUGCAGUUACUGGACGUGAUGGUCGCGAUGGGCUGCCUGGUAAUAAGGGAGAGGGAGGUGAUCCAGGUCUGAAUGGGCUAUUUGGACCAAAAGGACCAAAGGGUCCUGCUGGUUUCUCAGGUCCUAAAGGUUUACCAGCUAUCAGGGCCUUUGAUGGCCUCCCAGGAAGGGUAGGCCUCAAGGGAAUGAAGGGCUUUCGUGGCGAUACAGGCCUUGACGGCCAACGAGGCGAGGUUGGAAAAUUCGGUUUGAGGGGCGAUUUUGGUCGGAUUGGUGCCAAUGGAGAGGAUGGUCUCCCUGGGCCACCUGGUGUCGACGGAUUAAAUGGGUUGCCAGCAGAGAAGGGACCGAGUGGUGAGCCAGGUGUGAUUGGACGUCCAGGACGCGUCGGAUUGGAUGGACGCAAGGGAGAAGAAGGAGAACCAGGUGGUCGCCCAGAGCGACAAUUCCAGCCUCUUCCAGGUGUCCCCGGUGAUAAGGGUCAGCCUGGCCUCCCCGGUCGCGAUGGACGGGAUGGCCUGCCCGGACGCAAGGGACUUACUGGUGACCCAGGUUUUCCCGGCUUGAAGGGUCAGGUUGGAGAGACCGCAGCUGGCUUCAAGGGCGUGAAGGGCCGCCCUGCUUUUAAUGGAGACGAUGGACCAGCAGGCCCUGAGGGACCAAGGGGUCAGAAGGGUCAGCCUGGAUUCCCUGGGUUUCAAGGACCUAAAGGAGAUGCUGGGUUUGAUGGUCCUAUUGGACCAAAAGGAUUCACUGGUCUACCCGGAUUCAGAGGCUUGCCUGGUGAUUCCGGGCUACCAGGUCUCCGUGGUAUGAUUGGUAUGGACGGAGAGAUAGGCCUUCCUGGAUUGGAUGGCCUGAGAGGUCUGAACGGUGAAGAUGGGUUUCCUGGACGCCCAGGUCUUGCUGGUUUCCAAGGCGUUCAAGGUCGGAAGGGCGAGCGUGGUGAUCCUGGACAGCCACCCCUUGGUCCCCUCAAGGCUGGAGAGACUGGAGACCUAGGAGAUGAAGGCUUCGUCGGACAGAAGGGGGCUCGGGGAUUCAGCGGCUUGCCAGGGCUGGCCGGCUUGAAGGGACGACAAGGGGAGGAAGGCAAACCAGGCCAAGAGGGACGCGAUGGAUUUGCUGGUCGCAAGGGUAUGGAAGGGCCAUUUGGCAGGAGGGGUCUUGAAGGGCGUAUUGGCCGAGGUGGUUCCAAGGGUUUCCCUGGUGAAGUGGGACCCGCAGGACCAAAGAGGGGAACUGCUGGAUUCUAUAUGACUAGGCACAGCCAGACGGCUGAAGUACCGUAUUGUCCAGUUGGUACGACCAAGAUGUGGGAUGGCUACUCCUUACUGUUUGUUCAGGGCAAUGAACGUGCGCAUGGACAGGAUUUGGGUACUGCCGGCUCUUGUCUGCAGAGGUUCAGCACAAUGCCGUUUAUGUUCUGCAAUCUGAACAACGUCUGUAAUGUCGCCAGUAGGAACGAUUACAGCUACUGGCUGUCGACACCCGAACCAAUGACGCCAAUGAUGAAUCCUAUCCAGGGGGCGCCUCUACAGAAAUACAUCAGUCGAUGCAGCGUCUGUGAAUCACCAGCACAGGUAGUGGCUGUCCACAGCCAGACUAUGAUAAUCCCGAAGUGUCCUUCUGGUUGGCGAGGCCUCUGGAUUGGCUAUAGCUGGGUGAUGCACACAGGGGCCGGAGCCGAGGCCACAGGACAGUCGCUGCAAUCUCCUGGAAGCUGCUUGGAAGAUUUCCGACCGUCUCCGUUCAUCGAGUGCCAUGGCCACGGAACGUGCAACUAUUACGCAACAACUUACAGCUUCUGGUUGGCCACGAUAGACAGAUAUUCUCAAUUUACACGCCCACAGCCCGAGACGCUCAAAGCAGGCAGUUUGACGCAGAGAAUAAGCAGAUGUCAAGUCUGCAUGCGAAAUAGCAGCCAACCAGCUUUUGAAUUCACAAGUGCAAAACACUAAGUGUGUCGUCUGCUUCUAGCUGGGUGUAAAAUGUGACUUUGGUUGGAUUGUGGAUUCUGGAUUCACUUCAGUAACAAUGAAAUUAGAUAUUUGGAUUCCACAUAUGAUUUGACUUAAGAAAUAUGAAGUCAACUCUGGAUUGAUAGGUGGCUAAGAACUUUUCUCACUUAAGUCAUCUAUGAAUAAGUUCGAGUUAGAAAAAGCUGGUUUCAGUUUCAGUUUGCUAUGGUUGGCCAGUGUAUUGUAACAUGUCUUUGCACUGGUUAAGCUGUCAGCUUGAUAUGAAACUGGUUAUAGGUACUUAAGAAUAUUUUGUUAAGAUUGCUGAUCAUUGGUGCUAAAACUGAAGUAAAUACUCAUGAAAUCGGACACACAAGUGAUUGCAAUAAAAACUAAGGCCAGUAUUGUCAGCUAUGUCACCGAAUAAGGUAAAGGGGUACAGUUAUAGCCUCUACAGUGUUGAAAAGAGUACACCUCAAUGCCCACAGAGGCUGUCAUUGUACCAUCUUACCUCACCUUCUAAAGAAACUGGGGCAGACUUAUGGAGGCACAUUUCUUGAAGAAUGAGGCAUUUUAUAGCAUGAAUUUUCAUAUUUUAACCUUAACAUACAAACAUCCUUAGAAAAGAUACCAAAUGUGUAGUCAUAAGUCUUCACCCAUUUCGAGCUCGAAAAAGCAAAAUUUGAAAAUAUCAUUCUUUAGAAGGUAGCACGUGCUUUGCGAAUUGGCAGAUUCUGUAAAAUGCCAAUUUUUGUUCAAAACAUUAUCCAGUGUUGUUUUUUUUCGCAUUUUGUGGUUUGUCAAGUUGGCAUGAGAGUUAAUCAAGUGGUGAUAAUCAAGAUUAAUGAGGUUAAUUAAUCAAUGUUAAUUAGCCAUGAUUCAAAUAACUUUGUCAAUCAGCAAUCACUGCCAAUCAAGUCCCUGGUAAUACUCGAGAAAUUUAAGGCCUCAAGAAAAAAUUGUAGUUGGCAUGCUUUUGGAUCAAAAUUAUUUUGUUCAGAUUUCACUGUAUUUGAACAAGCAAAAUUAAGAUGACAUUUUCCAAUUGUCCUUUCUCUUUCGAAUACCAUUAUGUUUAAGACCAUGUAUGUAUAAAGAUCAUCAUAACUUUACACACACUUGCUCAGUCUGAUGUAUGGACGAGAAAGUUCUAGCUUGGCCUAAAAUUAUAAUGUAUCACUAAUUAUGUAAAUAUGUAUAGGGCCCUUAGAGAGUGCUUAGAAAAGUAGUUGCGCUUGUCGAUUUCAGUGACUGGUUUAUUGUAAUGGUAGCCCUGGUCUCUUGUCAUUACAUUGAACUGACCACUGGAAUCUGUCACUCAUAUUAUACAGUCAAAUAAUGCAAAUAUAUGUGUAUGUGCAUAUACCAUUAGGCUAUUUAAACAUUGAUUGAAUUACCAUUUUUAAUUGACUAUGCAAGAAUUAGUUGAAAUUUACAUGUAUUGUUAUUGAAAUUUGCAUGCAUGCUUAUAUUCAGAUGUGACCCUCUAUAGCCAGACCUAUCAUAUAUUGCAAGAAAUUGACAAAAUUAUGAGAAAAAGGACUGAAAAUUGUACUAACUGUACAUUUCAACCAGAAUGUGUGACUUUUGAAUUUUUUCUCCCCAAACUGAGGUCACUUUUUGUGAAAUGAGGAGAAGACUUGCUCCCCCUGUUAAAUGGUCGUAAACUUGUGAUUGUUUUUUUACUGGAGGGUCACAAAUAUUGUGUCCGAUCAAUUUUUGAGGGGUAAGGUGUUUGUGGGGGACUGGGCUAAGGGGUUAAUGGGUAAUGCUGUAAAUACCAGCAGAGGAUGUUGGCUAGUGUCUAAUCAUCUCAGAUAUCUAGAUAUUGGGCAAAAAGUGUGAAUCUUUAGCGAAAUAUCGAGAUAGAAAUGUAAAAGCAUAAUAUUGAUAUCUUAUAGGAAAAACAACUCCAUGUAUUGAAUAUUUGUACUGUCGUAAUAAAUAGUCUAUUAUCUGGUUCCUUUGAGUGAACUUCUAGUAUACUGCUGGUGACAUUCUUGUUUUUGAACAUGAAUCCAAUCUUACAAACUGGUAUAAAUUUGUUCAACAUUUGCAUUGCCAUAUGGAUUAGAUGUGCAUUGUGCAUGGUGUUGUAUUCUCUCAAAUCCUACCCAACACAGUAGUGAUAAAUUAGUUGGUGAAAUUAACUUUUUCAGUGCAGUAUAACAAAUAAAUGAUAUUU